ACACAGCGCGGAGCGGGUCAGAAUACAAAACGUGAGUCUGGAAGGAAGGUCCAGCUUGGAAACGUCAAUGCUGCCAAGACCAUUGCUGACAUUAUUCGAACAUGUUUGGGACCAAGAGCUAUGAUGAAAAUGCUUCUGGACCCAAUGGGUGGAAUUGUGAUGACCAAUGAUGGCAAUGCAAUUCUUAGAGAAAUUCAAGUCCAGCACCCGGCUGCAAAAUCCAUGAUCGAGAUCAGCCGUACUCAGGAUGAAGAGGUUGGAGAUGGGACCACAUCUGUAAUUAUCCUUGCUGGAGAGAUGUUGGCUGUUGCUGAACACUUCCUAGAACAGCAGAUGCAUCCAACCGUGAUCAUUGGUGCUUACCGUAAAGCUCUGGAUGAUAUGAUCAGCAGUCUGAACAAAAUCAGCACUCCAGUUGAUGUGAGCAACAGAGAGAUAUUGCUGAAGAUAAUAAAGAGUGCUAUAAACACCAAGGCGAUAAGCCACUGGUCUGACUUGGCCUGUGGCAUUGCUCUUGAUGCUGUCAAGACUGUGGAGUUUGAAGAAAAUGGCAGAAAGGAAAUUGACAUCAAGAAUUAUGCAAAAGUAGAAAAGAUACCAGGUGGUAUAAUCGAAGACUCUUGUGUCUUGCGUGGAAUCAUGGUAAACAAAGACGUAACUCACCCAAGGAUGCGUCGCUAUAUCAAGAAUCCACGCAUUGUGCUGCUGGACUGUUCGCUGGAGUACAAGAAAGGAGAGAGCCAGACUGAUAUUGAAAUUACCCGUGAGGAAGACUUUGCACGCAUCUUGCAAAUGGAGGAAGAGUAUAUUCAACAGAUCUGUGAGGACUUGAUCAGGAUCAAACCAGAUCUCAUCAUCACAGAGAAAGGAAUCUCAGAUUUGGCCCAGCACUACCUGAUGAGAGCGAACAUUACAGCUAUUCGCAGGGUGAGGAAGACAGACAACAACAGAAUUGCAAGGGCCUGUGGUGCUCGCAUUGUGAGUCGCACAGACGAGCUGCGUGACGAGGAUGUGGGGACUGGAGCAAGGCUUUUUGAAGUUAAGAAAAUAGGAGAUGAGUAUUUCACCUUCAUCACAGAUUGCAAAGACCCCAAGGCCUGCACUAUCAUUCUGCGUGGAGCCAGCAAGGAAAUCCUAGCAGAGGUGGAACGCAACCUCCAGGAUGCCAUGCAGGUGUGUCGUAAUGUCCUGGUAGAUCCUCAGCUGGUGCCAGGAGGGGGCGCUACAGAGAUGGCUGUUUCUCACACUUUGACAGAAAAGUCUAAAGUCAUGACCGGAGUGGAGCAGUGGCCCUACCGUGCAGCUGCCCAGGCUCUGGAAGUCAUUCCCAGAACACUGAUUCAAAACUGCGGAGCCAGCACUAUCCGUGUGCUGACCUCACUAAGAGCGAAACACACUCAAGAAGGCAGUCAGACCUGGGGCGUAAAUGGUGAGACUGGAGCCUUAGUGGACAUGAAAGACUUGGGAAUCUGGGAACCUUUAGCUGUCAAAUUACAGACCUACAAGACAGCUGUGGAGACUGCUGUCCUCCUUCUCCGUAUUGAUGACAUUGUUUCAGGGCAUAAGAAAAAGGGUGAUGAUCAAAGCAGAUCAACUGGAGCUCCCGAUGCAGCCCAGGAGUAA